AUGGCGGGAUUUUCGGCGCUGGACGAACAAAUCAGCGCGCUGAACGCUUUGCACAUUGGCAGCGCCAAAACACUUGAGAGUUUUGCCGACACAUCCAAAGCGAUUGCAGACCGCGCGCGUCGCAUUGCGGCCGAUGUGCAGCCGUGGGAAGUGGCGCGGGAGAAUAUUGCCUCCACCAUCGAGGAGAUGUCCCGAGCGGCACGCUGCUAUCAUCCACCGCCCGCACUGCGGCUUGUGCUGGCACGCAAAGAGAAGAAUCCGGAGGUUCUCUGCAAGUGCAUUGACUAUUUAGUGUUUACGGACAACUACAUCGCAUCCCACCCGCCAAAUCCAUACGCCGACCAGAUCGCAUCAAGUAUUGCAACGCAGCUGGCAACUAUGGUUGAGGUUGCUGAGGACAACGUGAGGGAGGCCUUUAUUAAAUCCCUUCAAAAGAAGGAGUUGUGGCAAUCUGGCGAAGGCGAGAAACGCGAUGGGGUAGCACCGCCAGCGGUACCGGCAAAGGCGUCUCUGCUUAUCCACGAUGUUUCAGCACUGCGAGGUGUUGACCGAAUUGUGCACAGACUUGGAGAAAACUUUAACCGCAAUGAUGCCGUCUCUCUGGAUGUGAAGGAACUCUUUGCGGAGCGGAUGCUUCGUCUGGUCGAUAACUUACUUGGCAGCUCCCAUAGGGAGGGAGAGAUUCAGCCGCACGCCAUUAUGCCCGAACGGCACAGCAUGGCGCCGAUAAGAAGACAUUACCAAAAAGGUUCUCAUCAUUUGUUGGGCAUAUCUGCAAGUGCUAGACAGGUUGUUGGUGAGGCGGGAGAUUGCCUGAAGCAUUACGUAUUGGAGCCAUUGGACGAUUCAUUUGAUGUUGUAGGGAUGCCUGGGGAAUUGGGUACCCUUGUCUUUGAUCGCAUCAAGGCAAAUUGUUUUGCAACGGUGAAGGUGGAAGAUUCGGUUUUAUCAGACCCCACACUUAUGUUUGUUAUGUCUCGGGGAGAGGGCGUUGGAGGUGUGGGCGAAACUCAGCACUAUAGUGAUUUCAUAUUCAUUGGACUAGACAUAUUGGAGGAGUUAUGGAAGUGGAAGAAUCUUGCAGAGAACCUACCGGGAGAAAAUUACUCUUUUAUUGAUUAU